CGUGACGUUACGUUUGUUUAUUUUUAUAAUUUGACAUGACAGUUUGAUAACAGGAACAAGAUAAUUUUAAACGGAAUAUUAAUCGGCAUUUAUAACAGUCACGGUGAUAAUCAAAUUAAGUACUAGUACAGUUAAGAGAAAAGUAAUUCAUAAGAAACAUGGAUAAAAUUGUAAUUUUUGGGUCCACCGGUAUGACCGGAUUGUGUGCUGUAGAUGCAGCAGUAAAACAAGGGCUUAAUGUCAGAGCAUUUGUUAGAGAUCCUUCAAGACUACCUGAUCAUUUGAGAAACAGUGUUGAAGUUGUAAAGGGAGAUAUUCUUGAUUACAACAGUGUUUUAAAUGCUGUAAAAAAUGUCACAGGUGUAGUUGUUGCUAUAGGUACACGGAAUGACCUAAGUCCCACCACAGACCUGAGUGAAGGUCUGAAAAAUAUAGUUAAAGCUAUGAAAGAAGUAAAUGUUGAAAUCAUUUCAGUUUGCUUAUCUGCAUUUUUGUUCUAUGAGCCAGAUAAAAUUCCACCAAGAUUCCACAAUCUUAAUGCAGAUCAUCAAAGAAUGCUGGAUGUACUUAAAGCAACUGACUUAAAGUAUAUUGCCUGCUUUCCACCACAUAUUGCAGAUCAACCACCUGUAGACUAUCAAGUGAAAAAUGGUGCAUCUCCUGGGGGUCGUGUCAUAUCCAAAUUUGAUUUAGGCCGAUUUUUAGUUGAAUCAUUAACCAAACCAGAACAUUAUGGUCAAAUAGUUGGCAUUUGUAACAAACAUCCUGAAUAAACAUUAAGUAUAUUUUAUUUCAUAUUUACAAUAUAUAAAAAAAAACUUGAG